AUGUUUCUGGGUUUUCAUAAAUAUGGAACCCCAGAUGCUUGUACGUAUAAUAUAUUGAUUAAGGCUUGUUGUAGGAGUGGGAGGUUGGAGGAUGCACGGUACGUGUUCGAUGAAAUGCAGAGGAGAGGUGUUUGUCCCAGUGUGGUGACUUUCGGGACUUUGAUUCAUCAGCUUUGUUUGAACUUUAGGUUGGAAGAAGCUUUUAAGUUGAAAAAUGAUAUGAUGAGAGUUUAUGGUGUUAUGCCUAAUGCGUUUGUUUAUACCUCAUUGAUUAAAGGGGUUUGUGGGAUUGGUGAAUUGAGUUUGGCUUUUAAGCUUAAGGAGGAGAUGGUGAGAAACAAGUUGAAAUUGAACUCAACAGUGUAUUCUACUUUGAUUAGCGUGCUUUUUGAGGUUGGGAGGAAAGAAGAGGCUUUGGGGCUUUUGGAGGAAAUGAAAGGCUUUGGGUGCAUGCCUGAUACGGUGACUUAUAAUGCGAUGAUUAGUGGGUUUUGCAAGGAGAGGAAUUCUGAAGCAGCAUUUAGAAUUUUGGAUGAGAUGGUAGAGAAGGGUUUUGUCAGUGCCCUAACGGCACUGACGGAAAGCACUAAAACAGAAGGCGUUUUUCUAAACAGGGACUAA